CCCCUUCCCUGGCCCUUCCCCCUCCCCGCCUUUGGCUCGCUCCGCCUUUCUGCCCCCCACCCCCACCUCACGGGUUCGGGCCAUUCCCGGCCAGGAAACGCCGUGGCGCCGCGUUGGGCCUAACUCGAGUCCUGCUGCCUCUCGGGAGUGCCGUGCGCCGCAGCCCGGGCCCAGGCCUGGGACAAGGUCUUCAGAGCUACUGGCAGAUAAUUUUGGGGGACUUCAUAUUCAGAGGUCUAUAAAAAGAGUUCCUCAUGUCCAUAACAUGUUGGUUAAGGCUCUGCAGCUCACCCCCACUCUCAGAGUGGCCAGUCUCCAAUAAUUGGACCCCGUGAUUUCUGCUCUGCUGUGUUGGACGUCAUGAGCAUUGCAAUCCCUCUGGGAGUCACCACACCAGAUACAUCCUACUCAGAUAUGGCUGCUGGAUCAGACUAAGAGCAGCUUUAGGAAUUCAGAAUUUGUCGAAAAGUCCAAUCCCUAAAAUAGACUCUCAGUUCUUGAAGAAUUUAAAUGCCAAAUGGCAAUGAAGAAAGGAAGUGGAAGCCCCCUACCUUUCAAGACGAAGUGGCACUACACCAGGAUGUGAAAGUCCAGCGAAAGAGACCCAAGGGGCCUAGGGGGCAGCACACCCCCAGAAGCCAAGUCUAUUCCAGGCAGUACCAGGGAUUAGGGUCUGGGCUGGAAAAAUCCUGGUGUUUUGAAUAUGUUCAGGUCCAGUUCAGACUCUUGAUCCCACAGCCACUUCUUGAGUGAGACUUGCACAUGAAGUGCAUAUGUUCAUAUUUACCCAGUUUGGAGAUGGGUAAGAUACAACCAACAUAGCUCCAUCUCCAUGGCCAUCUUUUAUUCCAUAUCACUUUCCUUUUUCCCGUCCAAAAAAAAAAAUCCAUUUCUAAUAAACGGCUGUCAUGUUUCACCCAUGUGUUCAGUGAUAAAAAAUCUCUUAUAUAAAAUAUGUACAGCUCUUUGGAAUAUUUGUUUAUCUAGUAAAUUAACAAUACUAUGUAGUUACUACUUUCUCUUAACUGUCCAUCAUAGAAACUAAAUUCUACCUUCAUUUUAUUAAUGCUUGUUUGCCUUUGGUUUCAUUUAGGAAACCCCACCUGUUUCCUAAUUCUCAGAGCUGAUUGCCUCUCAGUGAGCCAUGUUCAGAUCAUCUUUUUCUCAAGAAUACUGACCUGCAUUCUUGAUGUAUCCCCCGCCCAGUUCCCAUCUUGCAGACACUCUUUAAGUAAUAAAAUGCAUGCAGUUCACUAACAGAGAAUACUUUCCUAUGUCUAAAGUUCUUCUUCACCCAGAAAUUACCUUUGCUGUUAUUAAUAAGAUCCCUUCUCACAGUUUUGGAGCAUAUAACUAGGGUAUCCUGUCUUGGUAGUGAAUGGAAGAGGGCCUGGUCCCUGGGGCAGUGCAGAAGGCACUUUCAUCAUCUCACUCACUGCAAAUGUCAUGUGAGGUUUCAUGGAAGUAUUAAGAGAUCCAAUUAAGAAGAUUAGUUCUGAGUCUAAACCAGCCCAGAGUGGCUUCUCUAGGGGAAACUCCCUGCUCAGCGGCCCUGAAUCUGUGGAGGCUAGUCCAGCAGUUAAUGAGAAGAGCGUGUAUUCCACUCAUAAUUAUGGGACCACUCAGAGGCAUGGGUGUCGAGGACUGCCUUAUGCUGAUCAUAAUUACGGAGCCCCUCCUCCUCCGACACCUCCUGCUUCUCCCCCUGUCCAGACGAUCAUCCCUCGUUCUGACCUGAAUGGCCUGCCGUCGCCCGUAGAGGAACGCUGUGGAGACAGCCCGAACUCUGAAGGAGAGACUGUUCCUACCUGGUGUCCUUGUGGUCUUUCUCAGGAUGGCUUCCUUCUCAACUGUGACAAGUGCAGGGGAAUGAGCAGGGGGAAGGUUAUUAGACUUCAUCGGCGGAAGCAGGACAACAUAUCAGGUGGGGAUAGCAGUGCAACAGAAAGCUGGGAUGAGGAGCUUUCUCCUUCCACUGUGUUGUAUACAGCAACACAGCACACACCUACAAGCAUCACCUUAACUGUUAGAAGAACCAAACCCAAGAAGCGGAAAAAGAGUCCAGAAAAGGGUCGUGCAGCACCAAAGACGAAGAAAAUCAAGGCAUUUCGAGAGGGAUCCCGGAAGUCCUUGCGGAUGAAGAAUUCUCCUUCUGAAGCACAGAAUUUAGAUGAGAAUACAACUGAGGGAUGGGAAAAUCGGAUAAGACUAUGGACUGAUCAGUAUGAAGAAGCCUUCACUAAUCAAUAUAGUGCAGAUGUACAGAACGCCCUUGAACAACAUCUACAUUCUAGCAAGGAGUUUGUGGGCAAACCUGCUAUUUUAGACACUAUUAAUAAGACUGAAUUGGCCUGUAAUAAUACAGUUAUUGGUUCCCAAAUGCAGCUACAGUUGGGAAGAGUCACUCGUGUUCAGAAGCACCGGAAGAUCCUGAGGGCUGCAAGAGAUUUGGCUUUGGACACUCUUAUAAUAGAGUAUCGAGGCAAAGUCAUGUUACGGCAGCAGUUUGAGGUCAAUGGGCAUUUCUUCAAAAAACCAUACCCCUUUGUGCUCUUCUACUCAAAAUUCAAUGGUGUAGAGAUGUGUGUGGAUGCACGUACUUUCGGUAAUGAUGCUCGGUUCAUCAGAAGAUCGUGUACACCAAAUGCAGAGGUGCGACACAUGAUUGCAGAUGGUAUGAUUCACCUGUGUAUUUAUGCUGUGUCUGCCAUCACCAAGGACGCCGAGGUCACCAUAGCGUUUGAUUAUGAGUACAGUAACUGUAAUUAUAAAGUGGACUGUGCAUGUCACAAGGGGAACCGGAAUUGCCCUAUACAGAAAAGGAAUCCCAAUGCUGCAGACCCUCCACUCCCACCUCCUCCAAGCCUGCCCACCAUCGGAGCAGAGACAAGACGGAGAAAAGCACGACGGAAAGAACUAGAGAUGGAGCAGCAGAAUGAGCCUCCCGAAGAGGAGAACAACCAGCAACCAGAGCAAAUUCCUGAGAAAGUAACUGUAUCCAGCGACCAUGAGAGCUUAAGAGUACAGCUGAGUGGUGCCUCUGUCUUAAAGGAAAUAGACAAUCCAGAAGAAAAAGCAGAAGAGGAAAAAGAAGAGGUUACAGAUGACCAAGAGAACCCAGCUCAUGGCAGGAGGACCCGGGAAGAUAGGAAGGUUGAAGCCAUCAUGCAUGCUUUUGAAAACUUAGAGAAAAGAAAGAAGCGGCGGGAUCAGCCCUUGGAACAAAGCAGCUCUGACAUAGAGGUCACUACUACCACCUCAGAGACUCCUGUGGGAGAGGAAACAAAAACUGAAGUCCCUGAACCUGAAGUUAGCAACCCUGCUUCAAAUAUUGUCAUCCCAAGCACCCCGCAGACUGUUGGAGUGAACACCCGGAGGUCUUCCCAAGCAGGGGAUGUUGCUGCAGAAAAACCAGUCCCCAAACCACCUCCAGCAAAGCCCUCUAGGCCCCGACCGAAGAGUCGAAUUUCUCGGUACCGGACCAGUUCAGCCCAAAGACUAAAGCGUCAGAAACAGGCCAUUGCACAGCAGGCAGAGUUGUCACAAGCUGCCUUGGAAGAGGGAGGAAAUAACAGCUCAGUAACUCCUACUGAAGCUGGAAAUACAGACAGUUCAGGAGAAAACAGACAAUUAACAGGGUCUGACCCAACUGUGGUAUCAGUUACUGGAUCCCACGUCAACCGUGCUGCAUCUAAAUACCCCAAAACCAAAAAGUAUCUAGUUACAGAAUGGUUGAAUGACAAAGCAGAGAAGCAAGAAUGCCCUGUUGAGUGCCCUUUACGUAUCACCACGGACCCAACUGUACUGGCAACGACCCUGAAUAUGUUACCCGGUCUUAUCCAUUCCCCGUUAAUUUGCACCACCCCCAAACACUACAUUCGCUUUGGCUCGCCCUUUAUCCCUGAGAGGCGUCGAAGGCCGCUUCUGCCUGAUGGCACAUUCAGCUCCUGUAAAAAGCGCUGGAUAAAGCAAGCCUUGGAAGAAGGGAUGACCCAAACAUCAUCUGUACCCCAGGAGACUAGAACUCAGCACCUGUACCAAAGUAAUGAGAAUAGUAACUCGUCUAGUAUCUGCAAAGACAAUGCAGACUUGUUGAGCCCAUUAAAGAAAUGGAAGUCUCGCUAUCUGAUGGAGCAGAAUGUCACCAAGUUACUGCGGCCUCUUUCUCCAGUCACACCGCCCCCUCCCAGUGCAGGCUCAAAGAGCCCCCCGCUGACCACACCUGGCCCGUCUCACCCAGAAGAGGAGUGUCGAAAUGGAUACAGCCUCAUGUUCUCACCAAUCACGUCUAUUACUACUGCUAGUCGCUGCAAUACUCCUCUGCAGUUUGAGAACAUAUCCUCCCCUGAGAGUUCCCCUGCGAGUAGGCCCGAGUCCCUGUCACCCGAGCUUUGUCAUCGAAAAGAUCUGGACCUGACAAAAGUAGGCUACCUUGACUCCAACACUAACAGCUGUGCUGACAGACCUUCCCUCAUUAACUCGGGUCAUUCUGACCUGACUCCUCAUCCCUCCGUCGGGCCCGCCUCUGAGACUGGCUUUACAAGCAGGAGUGGCGAUGGACAUCAGACCCUUGUGAGAAACUCGGACCAGGCAUUUCGGACAGAGUUUAACUUGAUGUAUGCCUACUCUCCGUUGAACGCUAUGCCUCGAGCAGAUGGAUUAUAUCGAGGGUCUCCCCUAGUAGGGGAUAGGAAGCCUGUACAUUUGGAUGGGGGAUACUGUUCCCCUGCAGAAGGGUUUCCCAGCAGAUAUGAACAUGGUUUUAUGAAAGACCUCUCUCGUGGCUCCAUGUCCCCUGGUGGCGAAAGGGCUUGUGAAGGAGUCCCAUCAGCCCCCCAGAACCCACCGCAGAGGAAAAAGGUGUCCCUGCUGGAGUACCGCAAACGGAAACAAGAAGCCAAGGAAAAUUCUGCUGGUGGAGGAGGUGACUCUGCACAGAGCAAAAGCAAGCCUGCAGGAGCUGGGCAAGGCAACAGUAACUCACUUUCUGACACUGGUGGCCAUGGUGUGCAGGGAUCCUCGGCCCGAACCCCAUCUUCCCCUCACAAAAAAUUCUCCCCAUCUCAUUCCUCCAUGUCUCAUUUGGAGGCAGUAAGCCCAUCAGAUUCCAGGGGCACUUCAUCUCACUGCAGACCUCAAGAGAAUAUCAGCAGUAGGUGGAUGGUUCCCACAUCAGUGGAACGGCUCCGAGAAGGAGGGAGCAUCCCCAAGGUCCUCCGAAGCAGUGUGAGGGUGGCCCAGAAAGGAGAGCCUUCUCCCACGUGGGAGAGUAACAUCACAGAAAAAGACCCAGACCCUGCAGAUGGUGAAGGUCCAGAGACACUGAGCUCAGCACUCUCUAAAGGAGCAGCCGUUUACAGCCCUUCCAGAUACAGCUACCAGCUCCUGCAGUGUGAUAGUCCACGGACAGAAUCACAAAGCCUCCUCCAGCAGAGUUCCUCCCCCUUUAGAGGACAUCCCACCCAGUCUCCAGGAUACAGUUAUCGAACUACUGCACUGAGACCUGGGAACCCCCCCUCUCAUGGUUCUUCAGAAUCCUCCCUCUCUUCUGCGUCCUAUUCCAGCCCCGCCCACCCUGUGUCCACAGACUCGUUGGCCUCGUUUACGGGGACACCAGGGUAUUAUAGCAGCCAGCCACAUUCUGGAAACAGCACUGGCAGCAGUCUUCCAAGGAGGAGCUGCCCAUCUAGUGCUGCUAGCCCUACCCCGCAGGGCCCCUCAGACUCUCCGACCUCAGACUCGGUUUCCCAGUCCAGCACAGGAACUCUGAGUUCCACCUCCUUUCCUCAGAACUCUAGGUCGUCAUUGCCAUCAGACUUCCGGACUAUCAGUCUGCCCAGUGCUGGGCAGUCAGCAGCCUACCAGGCCUCCAGGGUAUCUGCGGUUUCCAGUUCACAGCACUACCCACAGCGCGGGGGUGCGGGGGUGCACCAGUACCGGCUCCAGCCGCUGCAGGGCUCGGGAGUCAAGACUCAGACAGGACUUUCCUAGGGCUUCUGGACUUGGGCAGACAGAACUGAGUGAGCCCAUAGCUGCUUCUUCCAGCUGCCUCUGGAACCUAGGCCGAGCAUAUUGCUGGGGAAGGGGGUACAAGGUGCCAGAGGAUUGGGUCUGGUCGACAAGAAACAAGACUUGUGGUCGUGACUGGCUCUGGCCCUGGAGAAAGAUGUAAAUCUUGUCUGAAGCAGAGACUAUAAAGAAGUUUCUCCCUGCUGUUAAGGGUACAUUGUUGACAAGCAAAUGGUGUUUUGGUUAGUAAUGGUUCUAAGUGCAAUGAGUUGUGUUGAAGCCUCCGUCUCCCAUCCUUGCCUGUAGCCUGUAGUCACUUGUGCAGUGAGGACAUCUUUUUAAAUCCAAAAAAAAAAUUUUUUUUCAAAGGAAAAAAGGUGAAAAGAGUCAAUUUCAAAGUCUCGAGCUAGCUGAAGUGGUGUUAGGGUUUAUAAUGCACUUAAGUAAAAAGGUAGGUAUGUAAAUGUUCACCCUAAGACAACCAUUCCAAAAGCAGGUAUCUGGCCAAGAUGUGUCCACCAAGAAUAUUCCCUACCUUUAUCUUAAAAACACAAAGAAAGAGAUGAACCUUGGAGUGUGCUCUGAGGGGUUCCUGGAUCUCUGAAGAAGAGCUUGUAGUCAACUCUUGAUUAUUCAGGAGGAGAUUGUCCUAGUGGUUCUCUGAGCCCCCAGCAGAUACCAUCCCACUUCCCUUCCCCAAGGUGUUUCACAGCUCAGUAACCCAUGGAGUAAGUAGGCAAAGAAGACAGAUAUGAUAAGUGAGAUGGGCCAGUUUGCAUUGCUAUUUAUCAGCUAUUGGCAAUAAAUUUGAUUAGGAAAGGUCCCAAGUGGUUUGGGAAUUCUUUGAAUUUUAUUUUUUCUACUCCCAAUUAAUCAGGAGUUGAUAAUCUCUUGAGUAGGACCGCCUCCAUGAUUGGGGAGCGUGCACUCGUGACUGCAGGGUAAGCGUGGAAAGACGUGUUUGUGGAGUGGUGCCGACAGGACUGUGAUUGUGUGGGGGCAUGCCCCAUGUGUCUUUGAGGGGGGUGCUUAUUUGGCAGUGGCACAGGUAAGAGAGUUCUAAAGCCACCCAAACACCUAACACUGUUCCGGAUGAGAGACGAGAGCAGACUGGCUUCUCCCCAUCAGUGCAUCGUGCCUGUUGUACACCCCUGGAGGAGCCCUGGGGCCAGCCAGGCGGGGUACACAAUCUUUUUAAAUUCCAUACGGUUGCCAGCUUCUUUCUUUCACUUGUUUACUGUAAUAUCUGGCGUGUUUUUAUUUAUCUAAUUUUGUAUUCAGUUAUAACCGUGGUAGGGGUAGCAGAUACAUGACAGGUGUAAUCCCUGGUGCUGCAGCGGACCUUACUUCUUUCUUUUGGACAAGAUAAUACUGUGAGUCUCCCUCCUUCCUUCCCUCCUACUUGUUUUCUCCUUCUUUUCCCUCAGCCUCUUACAUCCCCUUCCUUUCUACCCUCUCUUAAAACUAUCAUAUGCACAGUCUUCUCUCUUUGUGUGUGACUGUUACAAAAUUUCACUUUUUCAAAAUUGAAAUCAGGUGUUUGCAAAUGAGGGGAGAUUUUUUUUCUUUUUUUUUCCUUUUCUUUCUUUUUCUUUUUUUUUUCUUUUCUUUUCUUUUCUUUUCUUUUUUUUUUUUUUUUUUUUUUUUUUGGGCUGAAACUUCAGCAAAAUACUUUCCUUUUUGUUGUUUCCCCCACAAACCCAUCAGUCUGGGAAAACGUUGGGAGUGGAAAUCAUGUUGCCUGGGAUGCUGGUUUCUUUGUAUAUUAUAUAAAACGUAUGUAAAUGUCUCUCCAUUUGGGCUGGGGUUUGCAUUCUCCCCUUGGCUAUUAACCGAGGGGAGAGGCCAGCGGGCAGGCGGCCCUCACCCUGCCUGGCACGUGCAGAGACCCCAGCCACUCUGUGUGGGCAGGGUGCUGUCAAGACCAGACCUCUGGGGGGGGUGGGGGCGGGGGGUGGGGGGAACUCUUGGAAGGGAAGAAGUGUCACUUCUUUCUCAAGUGGAGUGUUUACACCUUGCUGUAACAUUUGAACUUUCACAAGAGAUGUAAUAAUUUUGAUAAUAAAAUUCUUAACC